UCGUAAUUGUUGCUGUUUCAUGAUUGCACCUUGUCAAUUAAAUCCAUUAGAAAUAAUAACAUGUACAUUGGUUACAACAAAGUUCUGAAGAUGCGUCAAAAUUAGAAUUAAAAGUACAUUUUUAAUCAUUUUAGCUAGGAACCAAAAUAAUAGAAGCAAUGUUUCCGCCGGUUUCUAAAUGCAAAGUUAUUGCUGUCAAGCUUGUUGUUUGGGAAGUGCAUGCUGAUGAGAAACAGUGUACAGAAUUAUAAUAAUUUUAAUAAAUACAUCUAUAGGUUUGAAGUUGGGCUGAUAAAGGAUUCUGGCGUGAGAUGUCCAGAUAUUCAGACAUCAGGGUAAACCAUGAGUAGCAAUGAAAGCAUCAAUGAGUCCUUCAUGAGGCUUGCACUGGCAUGGGUCUUGCCCUUGUAGAUUAGACUUGCAGGAUUGAUGGGGAUUAUUCAUAAUGAAAAAAGAAACGCAAACUUCAGGAUCAUGAGGGAAAUCAAGAACUAGACUGUUUAACCACACUUAAAAGGCAAUAUCCACAUGGGACAGAAAAUGUUUGAAUAAUUUACUCUCGGCAAGAUGAGGAGGCACUCAUCACCUUUUAGAAGGGCUUGAACAAAUUAAGACUUGACAAGUUUCAUUAGGGGAAUGGAGUAUAUGAUCUAAUUGCCUUUCGCAGAAGUGCGUAGAGUUUUACUCAAAUUGUACUCAUAGCCUGACACCUUUUAAAAGCACUUACUAAAACAGCCGUUUUCAAAAUGAGCAGUGGCUUAGAGACUUACCACACAAAUGCACAGAAGUGUACUUCCACCUCAAGUGAACCAUUUACAGACUUUGCAUUUGACAACUGCAUUAAAUCAGAAGGGGAGCACCGGGACACAGAAAUCAUUAUAAGGAGUAAAAUGAUGCAUCAGUGCACUGUUUGCUUUAAGUCGUUCAAAUUUGCAUCAAAACUUGAACGCCAUUAUCUCAUCCACACAGGACAAAAACCUUUCACAUGUUUUGUUUGUGGUCGAGCGUUUAGACAGCCUAUACAUUUAAAAAAGCAUCAAGAGACUCAUACAAAAGAUAAAGAUAAUAUUCAGCAUGUGGAAUUCAUGAAUGGGAAUGAAUCAAUCGAUCCCCUCCAUUGUCAAACUAAUAGUGAGGAUUAUGAGUCCAAUGUUACACAUGGCAACCCUUUGCAGUUAUUUCCUAAUGUCCAGGAACUAGACCAAAGGCAGUCAAAACAGCUUGAAGUUAAUAGUAAUGUAAUCCCUAAUGAUCUACAUGGAGUUGAUUGGAGUAGCUCCAAUGGUAUUGACACUUCUGAUUGGUCAGAAUUGGAGAGACAGGUUACACUGAAACAAAUACUUCAAGAGCAUCAGUUUAACUCUUCUAGCGAAGGGAAAACAAUCAAUCAUAACAGGAGAGUUCAUCAGUGCACAGUUUGCCAAAAAUGCUUCAAUUCUCCUUAUAAACUUCAAAGACAUUUCCUUAUUCAUACAGGACAGAAACCUUUUCAGUGUUCCGAUUGUGGAAAGAGUUUCAGACAGUUGGUGCAUUUAAAACUCCAUACACGUACCCACGAAGAACCAAGCACUUCAAUGCAUUCCUUUGAAAAUGUGGAAUUUGGAAAUCGGAACAUCUCUAACAACUGCCAGCAACAUCCCAAUGAUAGUAAAUCCAGUGAGUUUGAGGAUAAUUCUGGGAUUUCUCUACAGUCUUACAAACUUCAAGACCUGGAGUUCAAUAAUUCCGAGAUACCUGAAAUCAGCGACAGUGCUUUUUCAGAUUCUUAUCACCUAGAAGGAUGUGCAUUCAAUAGCAGUAAAAGUUUAGAAUACAAGGUGACUGAGAAAUGUCUUGAAACAGAAAAUAAAUCUGCACACAGGUCUCCCAAAGGCAGACAGAAUAUGAAGCAUCAGUGCAUAGUGUGUUUGAAAUGCUUUAAUUCCCCUUCCAAACUGAAUAGGCAUUCUCUUAUUCAUACUGAUCAGAGACCUUUUAAUUGUCAGGAAUGUGGGAAGACCUUUAGGCAGCUUGCACAUUUAAAAGUUCAUCAACAGACUCACAGAAACAAUAGUACCAUUGGACUUUCUUUUCAUCAGGGCGCGGUUUUGGAUUCAGAUCAAAUUGAUAACCAGGAGCAAAGUCAUGGUGAACAUCAGCCCUCGGUCUGUGAGGUAAAUCCAGCCAUCUCUUUGCAGCCUUAUAACACUCAAGAGCACAGACCUAAGUGCAUAUAUCCUCCUUCUGAAAUGGAAUGUUCAAUGCACCAACGAACCCCUAACAUUUCCUCCAUCAGUGUAGACAGUUUAACAGAGUCUGCACUUGCAUAUGAGUUUAAAACCGAAAGGGACCACAUAGGUGAUGAUUGCGUUCAUGCAAGGUUACAUUCGGCAAGCAACAAUGAGAGGCAUAAGUGCACUGUGUGCUUUAAGUCUUUUAAAUUUGCUUCAGAACUUGAACGUCAUUCUCUAACCCACACAGGACUGAAACCUUUCAAAGGUCCUGACAGUGGUAAUACAUUCAGGCAGGCAGCUCUUUUGAAAAAUCAUCAAGUGAAGCAUGCAGAACUGGGUGAUUUCAAAUACACUUUUCAGAAAGAAGAACUUGAGAAUGUAGGUGAUUCUAUUGAUUCAGCAGAGGAAAAACAAGAUUUAAAAAGCCCAGCUAAACCUGAUAUCGAAUGCCAAGACAAUCAAGCAGAAUUGCUUCCUGAAAGACCUUCACAGUCUUAUAGUCUUGAAGAGCAUGAAUUGGAGAAGAUAGAUGAACUUGAACUUAACAUUAUCAUAAAACCAGAAGACCCAGGUGAUUGUUGGCAAGCUAAUGAUACUGAUGAUGUUAUGGAAGCCACAACAUCUGAACAAUGCUUAACAUCAAAACCUAUUCAACAAAAACUUUUGUUCAACCCAUCUUCUGAAAAGCAAAGCAAUAAAAUCAGCGGUAAAGUUCAUCGGUGCAUUGUGUGCUUGAAAUGCUUUACCUCUCCUUACAAGCUUCAAAGACAUUUUCUAAUUCAUACAGGACAGAGACCUUUUAAUUGUUUUGUUUGUGGCAAGACGUUCAAGCAGCUGGACCAUUUAAAACUCCAUCAACGGACCCAUGCAAGACAGGAACCUUUACAUCCAUUUCAGUUAGAGGAGUUGAGGAGUGGCAGUGACUCUCUAGCUCAACAACAAAACAGUACAGAAAAUAACUAUCUGGAGUCUGUUGUUAGAUCUGAACUCUCUUUUCAAGUGUGUGACGAGGAUAAACCUGGACAAUUUUCUGUCAGCACUGUUUCUGAGUUAGACAAAAAGAGACAUGUGAAUGGUUUCCGCACAGAUGAAGCACUGGAAUGCUCAGAAGCUCGGAGUUCUUUUUCAGGAGAACAGAUGUCUCAAGAAGAUCUGCUUGGUACUGAGACAGUUAAAAAGCAUAGACUGCACCCAUGCUCCAUGUGUUUGAAAUGUUUUGAUUGUCCUUCCAAACUCCAGAGACAUUAUCUUACUCAUACUGGGCAGAAACCAUUUCGCUGCUUUGCUUGCGGUAAGGAAUUUAGGCAGGCAAUCCACUUAAAAGUGCAUCAGCGUACACAUAGCAAAUGGAGAACUUUUAAAAGUUCCUUUCAGCAGCAGAAGUUUUUGAAUGCAAGCAGCGUAAACGGCAGAGAACUGAACCACAGUAACCACAAAUCUUCUCAAGGAGGACUCUGCCCUGAUACAGUUUCAAAGUCUGGAGCUCUUCAAGACCAUAAUUUAAAGCAACUGGGAAAAUUAACUGAACUGGACAACUUUUUUGGAAUGGAAGACAAUGCUCAAAGUAACAGAAGAGUCUAUCAGUGCUCUAAAUGUUUAAAAUGCUUUAGUGCCCCAUCGCAACUGGAGAGACAUUACUUGAUCCAUACUGGGCAGAGACCUUUUGAAUGCCACAUAUGUCAGAGGGCAUUUAGGCAGUCGUCACAUUUAAAAGCCCAUUACAGCACUCACAAAGCAUUGGAUUUAACCCAAGACCAAAACCACACCGAGAACAAAAUGUCUGUGGAUGAGGGUGUGUCUGACAUUGUGUCUGAGGCUAAUAUCCCUCGAGACCUAAAAGUAAACCAAUUAGAGCAGCUCACUGAAGCCAUCGUAUCCUUAGAGUCUGACAGAGUUAAAACAAAUGGGCAUGUCUCAAGUGAAAGUGCAACCAUUAUAUCCACAGACAAAAAGAACAGCUCCGCAGAACAAGAAUCCUCCCAACACUGUUCUAAUGAAGAUGGAAAAACUGUUAAGAGACGUAUCCAUCGGUGCUGUGUGUGUCUGAAAAGCUUCAAUUGCCCUUCUAAACUUCAGCGGCAUUAUCUUUCGCAUACUGGGCAGAAACCAUUUGAAUGCUAUGAUUGUGGUAGGAAAUUUAGACAGCUAACACAUCUAAAAAGACAUCAGCUAAGCCACACCAGUAGAAGAACUUUCAAAGGUUCUUUACAGCAAAGGCGGCUUUGGAAUGCAAGCAGAGUUAACAGCCAAGCAAAUAAUAACAAUGACCAUGAUCCUCAAGGAGAUAUUAUAUCCCCGCCUGGUAUCCUUCAAGACCACAAUCUAAAGCAAUCUGAAAUUACUGUCUCCUUAGAGUCUGAUGAACCAAUGACAGAAGAAUUUGCUCUUGGUUGUACCAGCAAGACUAGCUUUGGGCCUCUUGCCCACACUUCUGAUAAUCAAGAGCAUAUUCAGAGUAGUAAAAGGGUUUAUCAGUGCUCUAAAUGUUUAAAGUGCUUUGAUGCCCCAUCUCAACUAGAACGACACUAUCUGACUCACACUGGGCAAAGACCUUUUCAAUGUUAUAUUUGUUCUAAGGCGUUUAGGCAGUUAUCGCAUUUAAAAACACAUCAGCGCACCCACAGUGAUGUAAAGCUGAAGCAGAGCUUGUCUCGGUAUGAGGGAGCUGACACUGCUUCCCAAUUAUGUAUCCUUGAAGAGCAAAACCCGAACCAAACAGAGCAAGUAUCAGAAAGCAGUGUUCCUUUUGAGUUACGCGAUCGUUGUUCCAGUACCAGUGAAAUCUCAGAAUAUGGCAGAGAUCGCGAAUGUCUUCCAGCAGAGCAAGCACUUUACACGCAUCAGUCCAACUCUCAUGCAGGAGAAAACAAACCCAGCAAACGAAAAGUACAUCAAUGUUCUCUGUGUCCCAAGAGCUUCAAUUCCCCUUCUAAACUGAAAAGGCAUUUUCUUAUUCAUACUGGCCUGAAACCCUUCAAAUGUUAUUUAUGUGCCAAGUCAUUUAGGCAGCUUUGUCAUUUACAGAAUCAUCAGCACACACAUAAUGAAUGGAAAUUCUGUUCUAUUCAGCAAAUUGAUUUUGAGAAUAAGCAUUCCAACAACCGGAAGCAUCAGUCAGAAAUGAAACCAUCCUCUGGACAGAUGAAUUGUGAUGCCAUUGUGUUUUCAACCACCUCCCUUCAAGAGGAAGAACCAAAAGCAUCAGAGCAGCCUGAACCAGUUUCAGAGCCAGUCGAACUUGAUACAAAUCAGUCAUCACGUUGGAAAGACACUUUUGAUGAGAAAGGUUUAUUAUUGAAUCAGAUUGUCGAAGGUCAUCUAGCUACAACGACUAAAAGCAUAGAAAAUGUCCAAAAUAACAAGAGGAUUCACCAGUGCUCUGAGUGUGAGAAAAGUUUUGCUUCCCCUUCCAAGCUUCAAAGACAUUACUUAAUCCAUGCUGGGGCAAAGCCUUUUGAGUGCCCUGUGUGCAACAAGACAUUUAGACAGGCUGCACAUUUAAAAGUCCAUCAGAGAGUUCAUGCAAAAUGGUUUGAUGGCGCAAAUUCCUGUGAACAAACUGAGCUUGAGACUGUGGAUUCUGCUAACAGUGAGGAUCGGACACAUAAUGUGCACCACUCAUCUCUAUAUGAGGACAGUACCAAAGUCACUUCACAGUAUUCUGUGAACAAGGUGCAUGCAUCAGGGAAAUCAGAAAAAUCGCCACAAAUUGAUUUUGUUUCCCAUCCUGAAAACCCAAACGAAAUCUGGUGCGACUCCACUCCGAGUGAACUAUUUCAAUGUUCAGCAUGCGCCAAUUUUUUUGUAACAGAAAAGAUGCUACAAGAACACUCGUGCACAUCGAAUAAUCAAGUAAAAGAAAAAAAUGCUAACAGAAACCUUUAUCAGUGUGCUAUAUGUUUCAAAAGUUUUGAUUCCCCUUCAAAACUUAAAAGACAUUAUCUCAUUCAUACUGGACAGAGACCCUUUCAGUGUUCUGUAUGUAACAAGACAUUUACACAGUCAUGUCAUUUAAAAACUCAUCAACUCACUCAUUUCAAAUAAUGAAAUGAAACUGGGGUGUGUUUUUUUUUUUUUUUUUUAUAAAACAUACAUAGAACAGAGAUUGAAAUGGUGUACUGUUGUUACAGAGCUUGUUUAAGAAACAAGGUCAUACUGACUCCUGAAGUGGUCAUGAUUGGGGGUGAUUUUUGUGUAAGCCUGUAUUGUAUACAGGGAUGAAAAUAAGAAUCCUAUUGCAUGGCAGUUUCACCCAUUCCGGGAUUUAAUAUGAGCUUGAUUAGCCACAGUAUAUAGGUAACAAGCUCAGGUGUGUCCCAUAGUAAAACCAAGAAUGGAUCAAACUACUAUGCAGUGGGAGACUUAUUUCCAUCCCUGAUGCAUUGUCUAAUGUUUUGUGUUUUCCAAAGAUUAGAUUUUAUGUGCUUGAAUUUAGAAAUGCAUUUACUUCAAUGAAGAGUCUAUAGCACAGAAUGCACAUCAGUAGAUUUAACUUUAACAAAACCUGCCAUCAUUCCACAUUUUACAUUCCAUAUUCUAAUUAAUACAAUUUGUGACAUUUCUAUUAUUUCUAUAUUUUUAUUUGGCAGGAAGAGUACCUGAAUAUAUUUCUGAACCGCUAAAAUAUUUGUGCCCCUUGACAACUCUGUUCAGUGCUAUCCUCCAUGGAUUCUAUUCAAUGCUGUCUUCUGUGGACUCUUCAGAAUUUCUUGUUUUCUUGUGAAUCUAUAGGCAUUUAAUCAUGACAUGCUCAGCAUUGUCUUUUUUUUUAUUAUUCCGAUUUUAAAUCAUCUGUUUGUUUUAAAUGUCUGUAUUUUAUGCAAAACAAAAUACAACAGUGAUCUGUCUGUUAAUCCUGUACCCGUGCAAAGAUCUUUAGCUUUCCAGUUAUGCUAGAAAAAAAAGUGACCCUCGACAGGCUGAAAACCAACAUAUUCUGAAACGCUUCCUUCUGGCUAGUGCAUCUUCAGUCACAUUAAUUUGUGUGUUUGUGGUGGGGAUUUUUUGCAUCUAAAAUUAAAAUCGCAUUUUGCUGUGGUCCAAAUUCACUUAAAAAAAAAUAAAUGGCACAUUAAAACAUUAAUAACAUUAUAAAUGCAUUACAAUACAUUUUGAAUCUAGUUCACACUCUACUCCCUACCAAUGAGAAAAACGAGACACAAACUGUAUGUGCCAUUUUUCAAAGAUUGCGCAGUAUAUAUCAUUUUAAUGAAACGGACACAGACCUGAACUUUCAAAUGGCCUGUCUAUAAUUUUGAACUAAUAAUGAAAAUAAAAAAAGUCUACUUGAUUUUAUUUGGAUACGAUAUUCAUCAGCUUUUAAGAUCCCACAAAAUAUAAUUUUGGUCACCUUGCUUUUACGUAGAGUUAUCGCCAUGCUCCUCACUAGUUCACUGCAUUGUUUUAAUGCUUGUUGUAAUUUGUAUUUGCUGUGUUAAGUACAUGUUAAAUUAUUAUUAUUAUUAUUAUUAUUAUUGUAUUUUUUAUUGCCGAUUGUAUUUAAUGCUUGACGGUGUAUUAUAACUAUUAGCCACUGUUGCAUCUCAAUUUUUCAUCUCAAUGUGUUUUCUUUUGUGCGAAAUAUUUUCAUAAAUUAUACACUUAAUUAUUGUUUCAGUGAUGACUUAAGUGAGAAUAAAACGAAAUAAGGACCCUUCUGUUUGAAGGGGCUCAUAGAACCAGGAAAACAAUAAACAUUUUUAUCUGCUAUUGUUAGUUUGUGCAGCCUGGCAAAUGCAAACAUGUUUUUCUGUGUCAUGCAUGAAGUGAGAUUACACCUGGAAUAAUGUUAAUGUUUUUUUUUUUUUAUAUUGGAGUAAUGCAGUGUAUAGAAAAGCUUACUGUUUUUUUUCUACUUUUUUUAAAGGCUGUUUUAACUUUGACAAUGUGGUACUCAGAAAAUAAUGACUAUUUUCAUAAUUCACAUUCCAUCAUUGGAUAUUUGCCGUACUGCUGACAAACCUAACAGGUUAAACUGGAGUAAAGAAGCAUUCCUCAGGAAAGAGACCCAGCUCCUAUAUAUCUAAACCUUUAUUUUAAUGAAAUCAGCCUUUAAUUUAGUGGCAUCAACACGGUCAACUCAACAAACUGGAUGCAAGUGAAAAAGUGAAAUAAUAUCUUAAAAGUUUUACUACGACUGAAUUGAGCAAUUGUGUUAUAUUUGUGAUGUUUUCCAAAUUAUUAUUUUUAAGUUCAUCUUGAAUAUUUAUAAACUUCUUUUUUUUUAAUGAAUAAAAAAGUUUCUUGCA